UCCCCCUACCCUAAACCCCAAAACCCGAUUUUUUUUGGCACUAUUUCCUAGUGUACUCGUGUGCUUUGGCAAAUUUUUAACAUAUUUAUAUCACUUAUCCCUGAUCUCCAGCUACUUCUCUGCAUUUUGUUUUCUUUUCUGUUUUAUCCCAAACUAGUUCACUUGCCAUGGCAUCAUCUGGUAGUACUGCCACAGGACCUGGUUCCCCUUGCGGUGCAUGCAAGUUUUUGAGACGAAAAUGUGCCACAGACUGUAUAUUUGCACCUUACUUUAGUUCAGAACAAGGCCCUGCAAGGUUUGCAGCCAUUCACAAAGUGUUUGGUGCUAGCAAUGUUUCCAAAUUAUUGUUGCACAUCCCAGCUCAUGAUCGUUGUGAGGCGGUUGUCACCAUUGCUUAUGAAGCUCAAGCAAGGAUUAGAGACCCUGUUUAUGGUUGUGUUGCUCAUAUUUUCGCCUUGCAACAACAGGUGGAAUGCCUGCAAGCUCAAUUAAUGCAAGUCAAGGCUCAACUAGCUCAAACUGGCAUGAAUUCAAAUCACAUCAACGGUACUCAGUACUGGCAAGGACACCUUUCUGGUUUAUUCCCUUCAUUUCUAUCUUAUCCAAGCAGCUCCAACAAUCCAAUUUCCCCACAAAGCUCUCUUGAUUCGGUUGAAGUUGAACACCACACAGCUGACAACAUGAAUAUGCAAGAAAUACAAAGCUUACAAGACUUUUGUUUCCAUGGUUAUCCUAAUAAGACACCAUGUGAUAGUGAUUUGGGUGAGCUUCAAGCAAUUGCCCUUAGAAUGAUGAGAAACUGAUCAUGGAGUUUCAUGCUGAUGUUCUUUUUUUUUUUUUCUUCCCCAAAACAACUAUGUAUAUAAAAUUUAAGCCUCACCCAAAUCUUGAUUUCCAAUAAAAAAUAAACUAGAACAAAAAAGUUAAGCCCCAACACAGGGUUGAUCUUCAGGUUUACAACCUGUCCACCAUUGUAGACAUUUAAUCAAAGACUCAUGUCUGCA